GGUUAGUAACCUUUUUUUCCAUCGAGUGCCCUUUCGUCCUCAGAAAAAAGUACAAAAAAGCAAAUCGGAUUAUAAAAAUGUCUCCUUUAACGCAUAUGUGCGAUAGCCUUAAAGUUGGUGUCAACGCUCUUCUUCUUCUUACACAUUCUGUGUUGAAUCUGAAUCUUGUGCAGGCGUGUGUUGUUGUUGUUGUCUGAAUGGCUCUUGUCCAGCGAAUUCCCAAUUUCACAUCCAAUUUCAGAAAUUGGAGGACCAAUUCGACAAACCCUGUCCCCAUUUCUUCUCUCCAUUACAAAACCCAAACCACUGUAUCAUCAUCUUCUUCUUCGUCGCCCUUCACAGAGAAACACUCCGUUGAGAGAUACCAGAGGGAUCAAUGGCUGUACAAGGCAUCGACUCCGUCUCCAUCUCCAUCGUCGAAUCAAGAAGAUGAAGUCUUUGUUAGGGAAAACGACAUCGCAUCGCAGCUUCCGGAGCUGAAGAAGCUCUUGGAGGUUCUGAAGGAGAAGAGAGAGAAAGGAUGCAGAGGCGGUGAUUGCGGACCAGGAGAUGUGUAUCUUGUCGGGACAGGACCAGGAGAUCCUGAGCUUCUGACACUUAAAGCCGUCAGAGUCAUUCAAAGCGCCGAUCUUUUGCUUUACGACAGGCUUGUCUCCAAUGAUGUCUUGGAGUUGGUCGCUCCUGAUGCUAGGCUUCUCUACGUCGGCAAAACUGCUGGUUAUCACAGCAGAACUCAGGAGGAGAUACAUGAGCUACUCCUAAGUUUUGCUGAAGCUGGUGCUACUGUUGUUAGGCUUAAAGGUGGAGAUCCUUUGGUCUUUGGACGUGGCGGUGAAGAAAUGGACUUUCUGCAACAGCAAGGGAUUCGAGUUCAAGUUAUCCCAGGGAUCACUGCUGCGUCAGGGAUAGCAGCAGAGCUCGGGAUUCCAUUAACGCAUCGAGGCGUUGCUACGAGUGUGAGGUUCCUCACGGGACACUCAAGGAAAGGAGGAACAGAUCCUCUGUUUGUUGCGGAGAAUGCAGCUGAUCCUGAUACAACGCUUGUUGUCUAUAUGGGUUUAGGAACUUUACCUUCUCUCGCGCAGAAACUGAUGGACCAUGGUCUACCUUGUGAUAUGCCUGCUGUUGCGGUCGAACGUGGAACCACGACUCUACAGCGUACUGUUUUUGCUGAGCUUGGAGAUUUUGCAGCUGAGAUUCAAUCGGCUGGAUUGGUUUCACCAACGCUUAUCAUCAUUGGGAAAGUUGUGGAGCUCUCGCCUUUGUGGCCACAUUGCACGAAAGAAUCAUCAUGCCUUGUAGAGACGACCCCAUAGAUUUGUAGGAGCUAUGGAACUUUGAAGGUUGAGAGAUAUUUUCUUCUGUCAAGUGUCAAAGUGUUGCUGUUAUUCGAUUAUUUUUGGACAAUGCCAAUGUUGAUUGUAAUAAACAAGCUUCAUGUAGAGCCAAAUGUUUGAGGUGAAGUUUAUAGAAAGCAGUUAAAAAGCUAUUUCUUUUUUACUACAUAAAGUUAAUUGGCUUCUCUUGUCUUUUUGAUAUUGUGACAAGAAAGACUUGACAACAAAAC